AUGGAUAGCAGAAUCAUCAAUUCUCACCCAAAAAUUGGUGCACACAAUAAGAAAGAAGAAAGGAAAGGGGGUCUGAUGGCAAUAAAACUUGAUAUGCAUAAAGCAUACGAUUGUAUGGAGUGGGAGUUCAUCCUCAGUGUCAUUAAAGUUAAUGGAUUCAAAGAGCAUGUGUGUAGGCUUUUCAUGGCUUGUAUCACAUUGAUAUCCUACUUGGUCUUGUUAAAUGGGCUACCAUUGAGCAAAAAUUUUCCAAAGCGAGUUUUGUCAAAGCUCAUACAGAAGGAACAAGAUGUUGGAUCCAUACAUUGGAUUCUCAUACCCAGAAAUGCACCUUCCAUAUCACGCCUCAUGAUCGUGGAUGAUACAAUCUUAUUUAUAAGAGCAAAUGAGAAAGAUGCACAGGUAUUGAUGAAAUGCAUUAAGAGGAUGAAGAAAGAGGAUUACAAAGCAUUGAAAGACAAACUUCUCAAGAGACUGGAAGGAUGGAAAUUGAGGUUGAUGUCUUAUGCGAGGUGCACUACUUUGGUUAAAUCGGUAUCCCUUAGGAUACCCAUCUAUAACAUGUCUGCAUGCAGAGUCCCCCUUUCAAUGUGCACAGAAAUGGAUGCAGUGAUCAAAAAGUUAUGGUGGACGGGAAGCUUGGAAAAUGACAAAUUUAGGGCAUCUAAAAAUUGGGAUAGCUUGUAUCAACCCAAGGCAGCAGGGCGGUUGGGUUCUAGAAGAUUUGAGGACAUCCUCAAAGCCCUCUUGGCCAAGCUGGCGUGGAGUGUAGCCAAAGGAGAUCAUAAGCAUUGGAUUAAUUGUCUUACGAAGAAAUAA